AUGAAAAAUAACAAAGCGGGAAACCAAGUGGAAGCCGAUUUUGCUCGUUUAGGAGUCAGAAUUGAGUUACCUGAUAAGAGAACAUUUUCAAUCGAUCAAUUCGAACUGUUCGUCAACGAGGCGAUUCGAGAGAUUUUCGGUAAUUGUGGACCGAUUGUGAAGAUCUCCGAAUACAACAGCGACCUUCGUCGUGGUUCCGUCGUCGCUCCGGGCAACGAAAUUCAACAAGUUUGGGCGGCUCUCUCGUCGAAAGGUCACUUCCAGGGACAACGUAUUGCUGCUCAUCUUCAUACGCUAACGGAAACUCCGGCCACCUCCAUUAAAGCCAGUGACGAGCUCCAAGUUCUAGCGGAUCAAAGAGGACAGCGUCAAAAAGUGCAAUGGAAAUCGAUUGAUAUGACAGCUGACUACAAUGUUAUCAAAACCGCUUUUGAUGAUUGUGCCAAAGAAAUCGGUCCAAUUGAUAUUCUCAUUAAUAAUGCUGGUCAUAGUGUUCAAGCUCCAUUCUCAGAACUUCCAGUCACUGAUUUCGAGAAGCAGAUGAAAGUGAAUUAUUUGAGUGCAGUUUAUGCCACCCGAGCGGUUGUUGAUGACAUGAAAUCACGAAAAACAGGACAUAUCUCAUUUGUUUCUUCUGCCGCUGGUCAAUUCGCCAUUUUCGGAUAUUCUGCAUACUCGCCAACCAAGUUUGCUCUUCGUGGAUUCGCUGACACUCUUCAUAUGGAACUUCUUCCGUAUAAAGUUAAUGUUGGAGUGCUCUAUCCACCUAAUACCGAUACUGAAGGAUUCAAGGAGGAGCUCCUGACGAUGCCAGAGGAAACCAAAUUGAUGAGCGACGCCGCUGGUCUCUUCACUCCAAAAUUCGUAGCUGAAGCUCACCUGAAAGACAUUGCCGACGGAAACUACACCACAACCAUCGGGCUCGACGGAUGGAUGCUUGGAGUUCUCACCGCUGGAGCUUCGCCUGAAAAAUCGCUCUUCCGUGCUUUGACUCAAGGAGCUCUUGCUGGAAUCUUCCGUGCCAUCACCUUGGUUUAUCUCGGAUAUUUCAAUGGAAUCACGAAGAAGUGUUAUAGAAGACGUCUCGCAGAGAAGGAAGAAGAGCGAGAGAAUGAGAGAAAGGAGGAGUAG